CCAGUACCGUAUUAUUGCUCGCUUUGCUCCACGUCGGCUGCACAGGCGCAGUCAAUGCUUUCACCUGCUGGGAGAUGAAAGACAGCGAGCAGGAACGCAGAGGCCCAGAUUGUUAGAAUAUUGGCAUUUAUAAUUAUAUAUACUGUGUAGGUUUGGACAGCAACCGCAGCAUAAAAAGAUGUUUAAGAAACUCAAACAGAAAAUUAACGAGGAGCAGUCCCCACAAAAGAACGCACAGCCUCAACAGCAGGCCCAGACCCUUCCUAAGUCCGUAACCCCGCCUACAGGUAACAGAAGCCGUUCCUCGUCCCUGUCCAACCGGCAGGAUGAAAGCCCAAUCACUCCAGGUGACAGAGAGCCUGCCACAGAAACUGCAAGACCCGCUGGCAGUGUUAAUGGAGAUGAAGCAGAUAGCCCACAGAAGCCUGAGGCACAGUCUAUUGCACAGAAGCUCCAGCUGCGAGUACCCUCCAUGGAGUCUCUGUUCCGCUCUCCCUCCAAGGAGUCUCUGUUCCGCUCUCCCUCCAAGGAGUCCCUGAACCGCCUGGGGGAUCCAGAGUCUGCCGCCACCCCCACGUAUGACCCCCCCUCCGACAUAGAGAGUGAGGCUGAGGACACCAUGGGCAGCACAGACAGUCUCAGCAAGGAGCAGCUACAUCACAGGCUGCGCAGGAUGGAGAGGAGCUUGAGUAUCUACAGGGGGAAGUAUUCGGAGCUAGUCACUGCCUACCGAACGGUACACAGAGAUAAAGAAAAAGUCCAGGCAAUACUUAGUCAAUGUCAAGACAAAUCACUUCGCAGGAUUGGGGAGCUGCGAGAGGAGCUGCAGAUGGACCAGCAGGCUAAGAAACAUAUACAGGAGGAGUUUGACGCUGCACUUGAGGAGAAAGAUCAACACAUCACAGUUCUCCAAACUCAGGUGGCCUUGCUGAAGCAAAGGUUACACAGUGGUCAGGGGAAUGCUGACCAAACCCAGCUGACCACUGCAGAAAGACAGGAGGUAGAAUCGGAGCCUCAAAGCUCCACACAGGAGCUCGGCACAGAAAAUGCUAACCUGUCAGAAGAUGGCAACGGAGAUGCUUCAAAGACUCUGGAGGCUUUGCAGCAGCGAGUGAGACGGCAGGAGAACCUUUUGCAGAAGUGCAAAGAGAUGCUACGCACACAUAAGGAGCGCUCCACACAGCUCGGCAGCGAAAAAGAAGCACUACAAGAACAGCUUGAGGAGCGUCUCCAGGAGCUGGAGAAAAUCAAGGAACUCCACACUGCUGAAAAGACCAAGCUAAUCACUCAGCUCCGGGAUGCCAAGAAUUUGAUUGAACAGCUGGAGCAAGAUAAGGGAAUGGUCAUUGCAGAAACCAAAAGGCAGAUGCAUGAGACUCUGGAGAUGAAAGAGGAGGAAAUUGCCCAGCUCCGCUCAAGAAUCCUGCAGACUACAGCACUGCGUGAGGAGCUGCAGGAGCAGAAGGAGAAGUCAGAGAAAGACGCGUUUGAGGAGCUGGAGAAAACUCUGAGUACAGCGCAGAAGGCGGAGGAAGCCCGGCGGCAACUGAAGGCCCAAAUGGAGGAGCGGAUCAAGGCCGUAGAAAAGGCUAGUGAGGAGGAACGUAAAAACCUACAACAGGAACUCUCCAGGGUUAAACAGGAAGUGGUCAACAUAAUGAAGAAGUCCUCGGAAGACAGGAUAGCAGAAGUUGAGAAGAUGCAUGCAGAAGCCCUGGCGAGCAAAGAUCAAGAGCUCACUCAGAGACUACAGACACGGGAGGCCGAAUUGCUGGAGCAGAUGAGUAUGGCUUUGGAGAAAUGCCAGGCUGAGAACACGCUGAUGAUUCAGGAGAAGGAGCAGCAGGCUGCACUUGCCUUGGAGGAGCUUGAGCUGCAGAAGGUGGCCAUCCAGUCUCAGAAUGAGAACCGGGUACAGGAGCUGCAGCAGGAGCUUGAAACGUUCAGCACUAAAGUACUUGAAUUGGAAAGUUUGCUGGCAAAGAGUUCUCAGUGUGAAACUGACAAGUCAGAUGAGCUGUUGGCACAGAUUGAGGCUGAGAAGAACAGGCAUCAAGCAGAAAUUGCAGCAAUGGACGAAAAGCACAAGGUAGAGAUGGAUCGCAUUAGACAGGAACUCUGGGAGCUCUGGUCUGACAAACUUCAGACCACAAAGAAGCAGUACCAGACUUCUGUGGAUGAGCUCCAAGAGAAACACACCCAAGAGCUGGAGGCCUUACUGAAGGAAAAGGAGUCCCAAUUCCAUUCCCAUAUCAAGGACAUGAACCAAAAAACUCUGGAAAAACUUGACGUCAAACAGACUGAGCUGGAGACUCUUUCGUCGGAGCUGACAGAAGCACUAAAAGGAAGGAAGCUUUUAGAAGAGCACCUGGCAGCCUUAAAUGAUACCAUAAAGACUAUUAAAGAGGAUUGCGAGAUUAAAGUUGAGCAGGAGAAAGCCAGGUACCUGGGUGAGGUGGAAGGCAUAAAAUCAGAGUUUAAGCAGUCAUUGGAAGGUGUUGAGAAGACUCUCAAGGAGGAACUUAAUAAUCUCAAGAUGGUCCUGGAAGAAAAGGAAAAACAGUUGGAGGAACUGCAGGCAAGAGAAAGGGAGCUGAAGGAAGAGGCUGAGAAGCAUCAGCAGGAGACAGCUGCUAAAUUUGAACUGCAGAUGGAAGAGCUAAGGGAAAAUGUGAAAAGGGCAGAAGCAGAAAAGGAGGGUCUGACAGAAACCAGCUUGAAACUGAAUCAGGUUACCUCUGAACUGGAGAAUUGUCAGUGUCAGGUACAGCAGCUGGAGCAGAAGCUGAAGGAGGUGCAGAAAGAAUCUGAUGAGAAAGUGUCUUUUCUCCAGGCAGAGCAUGCCACAAAGAUUGCAGAGCUUCAGAGCCAUAUUGAGAAGGUUGAAAAGGAGCUGUCUGAAAGCGAACAAUCUUUGACUGAAAAAUUGGUACAUCUUCAGCAGGAGAAAGAUUUAAAUAAACAACUAGAGGAGGUACGAACUGCAGGUGAACAGAGAAUAGAUGCUGCUAGAACAGAGUACGAAACUAAGCUUAAAGCAAAUGAGGCGAAGAUGGACAAACUAAAGCAGAAGGCCAGGGAGAUGCAAGAGAAGUUUAAGAAGAAGCUCUCUGACCAAGAGGUCAAGCUGAAGGAGCAGUGUGAUAAAAAGCAGCAAGAGCUGAACCAGAAGGAAAAAGAGUUCAAUGAGAAGAUCCUGGAAAUGGCCCAUGCUGGUUCUGCUGGGAUCAGUGAUGCGGUCUCUCAGCUGGAGUCGACACAGAAGGAGCAGCUGGAGAGUUUGAAGAAGUCUCACCAGAAAGAACUGGAGGAGCUGAUCCAAGGAUGGCAAAGGAAACUCAGCCAGCAAGAGGAGGAAAUGCAGGAGAAGCAUGAGGUCGAGCUGCAGGAGAAAGUGGAUGAGGUGAGGCAGCAGCUUGGAGCCACCAGGGAAGAGAAGGAGCAUGUUCUCAAGGAGGUGAAGGGCCUCAGGGAGGAACUAGUGAUGAGGGAGACAACAGUGCAGAAACUGCAGGCAGAGCUAAGGGAAGCUGCUGCACAAGUGGAAAAUUUGUCCAAGUUGGAAACCAUGCUGAAGGAGCAGGUGGAGGCGAUGGAGAAGAACUUUAGUCAAAUUUUGAAUGAAAGAAACUCUCUCCAGAACCAGCUUAGUAUGGCUGAAGAGGACAGCAAUAAAAGGGAACAGGAACUAGCAAAACAGCUAGAGGAGGCCUGUGGCAAACUAACAGCACUGGAAGCUGCACAUUGUAAAGAAGGUGAAGCUCUCCAGAAGAGACUCGAAGAGAAGGUCCUUGAAAUGCAGUCUAAGGAGGAAGAGUUCAGAAAACAGCUUAAUCAGCUAACAGAACAUGUAUUGCUUUCCUGCAAUGAAGUUCAGAGGAAAAUGGAAGUUACUGCUGAUGAGUUCUGUGACCAAUUGAACAGCAAAGUCAGUGCCCUUAGCGAUAGAAUUGUCUGUAACCAGAAGCAGGCAGCCCAGCUUAAAAAUGUCAUCCUGACCAAGAUUGAACGAAUCAGCCAUCUAGAAGUACAGCUCCAACAAAUAACAGAGGAGAAAAUGGUGUUGGAAAAUUCAUUGCUGCAGAUGACAAAUCAGAUGCAGAGAAAAGAAGAACAUAUCAAAGCCUUUAAAACAGAAAAGGAAUCUUUAGAAAAAGAUAGAGGCAGCCACUUAGAAAGUCUGUCUGAGAAAGAUAUGUGCAUUGAACAACUUAGAAAGGAACUGACUGCAAGUACAGAGACCAACAUAAAUGUUUCUGAAAAUCUGAAAGAAAAGGAAGCCCAAAUCAGUAGCCUGGAAGGUAUGAUAAAUGACUUGAAGACUCAGCUUGCCAGUAGUGUUGGUUUUGCAGAGAAGGAAGAAGCCAUAUUGUUAAUAAAUCAGCAACACAAGGAGGAGCACCAGAAGCUAAUAAACCAAAUACAAGAGUUAUCGAAGAGCAUGGAGGUUCUUAACCAGGAGAAAUCAUCUGCACUUGACCAGGCAGAGCAGUGGAAGAGCAAGCUGUCAGACUGGAAAAAGAAGGCAGAGUCUAAGUUCACGCUGAACCACAACACCAUCAAGUCACUCCAGGGCAAGUUGGAAGAGAUGGAAAAGCAAAUCGAUGAGAAAGAUGAACAGUUGGGCAAGCUCACGGAUGAUAUUGAUAAACAGUCUCAUAGCAAGUCUGAGAUGGACCAGAUGCUGAGCGAGAAAGAGAAAAAAGUAGGAGAGUUAACUACUGAGCUGCAGACCAGUAUAUUCAAGAUAAGGGAGCUGGAAGAACAGCUUGUCAAAAAGACUGAGGAACAUGAUCAUCUUAUUGUACAACUGCAGCAGAUGAAUCAAGCAAAGGAUAUAGAACAGAAAGAGCUGGUGCUGCAGCUUCAGCAGGCUCAGGUGCAGUUCUCUGAAAAGGGCAACAGAGUCAAGGAAACCGAAGAGAAGUUACAGUCUAUAGAAAGGGAAGCUGAAACUCUCAAGCAGGAACUUCAGCUCAAACAAGAGGGCUUUGAGAAGGUGAAAGCAGAAAUCCUGAAGAGCAAAGAGGAAGAACUCAAGGCAGCAGAAGAAAGAUGGUCUGCAGAGAGUGCUGCUAAACUGGCCGAGCUGAAGAAGAAAGCCGAACAGAAGAUUGCCAUGGUGAGAAAGCAGCUUACCUCGCAAGUGGAGGAGAAGGAACAGAUUGUUAAAAACUUGGAAAGUCAGUUGGAUGAGUUGAAACAGGUGGUGGAUAAAAAAGAGGAAAGUGUCAAAACAUUGGAGCAAAGAGUGAAUUCACUCGAAGAUUCAGCAAACAACAGGGAAGAGAUGGAAAAGCAAAUCAAGAAUUUAAGGGAAGCCAGAGAGCUGGAGAAAGAAAGUACCUUGCAGAAUCUGAAGGAAAUGUAUGAGGAGAAAUUGAAUGUUCUGCAGAAAGAUCUGGCUGAUAGGGACCUCCAAGUACAGAUGAUGCAGGAGAGGGAGACAGAAAAAAGGGAUACUGAAGAAGAGGCACAGCACAGGCAUAAAGAGCUUCAAAAUAAUUUGGAGCAAGCAGAGGAAGACAAACGCAAACAUCAGGCAGAAGUUUUCAGGCUUCGGGAAGAAUUGCAGAAGCAGGCUGAACUGCAUUCCGCCUUGCUUGAUGAUCACACAGAAUGUACUGCAACAUUGUCAGAUCUUCAAAAGCAACUGCUAGACAAUGAAGGAAAGAUUCAGGAAAUGGAAAGCAGCUUGGAGCAGAUGAAGAAAGACAUACAGGAAAGAGAGUCCUCUGAAAAGUCACUGGAACAGAAAAUAAAGGAGCUGGAAAGCAGUUUAGCCAAGGACAAGGAGAACUUUAAAGUAGAAAAAGUCUCCUUGUCUGAGCAGUAUGAAGGAGAACUGAAAGACCUCCGUCGACAACUAGAGGAGAAUGGGUCCCUUUUGAGAGACUACGAGGAAGGUUCAGAACAGAAGACCAAGUCUGAUUCUGAACUGCAGAGCCUUCUAGCAGAGAUGAGAGCCAAGCAGAAAGAACUAGAUGGCAAGCUGCAGGAGGCAGAUGGUGAGAAACAGAAGCUGCACAAAGAGAUGAUAAGGUUGCAGAAAGACAUCCGCUCUUUGCGUAAGGAACAUGAGAAAGAGCUGGACUAUGUAAAGAAAGAGAUGGCUGAAGAAAAUGAACAAAAAAUGAAGCUAGAGCUUGAAGAUCUGGAGAUGAAGCACAAUUCUAGUCUGAAACAGAUAAUAAGAGAAUUCAACACCCAGAUAGCCAAAAAGGACCAAGAGCUGGAUUCUGCUGUGCAAGAAGCUAUUGGCAAGGCCCAAGAAGUGGAGACAGAGUUGUUGAAUACUUAUCGGGAGGAGACAAAUCAGCUCUACAAGAAGAUCGGACAAAAAGAAGAUGAGCUCAAACAAACUGCCCAGAAAUACGAGCAGAUGUUACAGAACCGAGAGGAGGAGAUGACGUGCAGAGUGAAUGAACUACAGAAAGAGCUGGAGGAGCUCCAAAUGGAGAAACAGCAGAGGCUGAAUGACGAGAAGAAUCAGAACAGUGAACAGGGUUCCAUGGCCGAGCUGCAGGCACAGCUCGCACUAAAAACAACACUGCUCAGCGAAGCAAAACUAAAGGAGCAGGAGUUCCAGGAAAGAAUCCAUUCACUAGAAGAUAAGCUAAGAACUUCUCCGAAGAACUCUGUUGUGACACAUCUAGGAACACCAUACAGAGGUGGAAACUACCACAGCGAUGACUUGUCAGAGCCAACAGAAUUCGAAUACCUUAGAAAAGUGAUGUUUGAGUACAUGAUGGGACGAGAGACAAAGACCAUGGCGAAGGUCCUCACUACAGUACUCAAGUUCCCAGCAGACCAGGCUCAGAAGAUCCUAGAAAAGGAAGAAUCUCGACCACUGUUUGCCUCGCCUCACAGUGGCAUCUUCUGAAUAGAGUCAGAUCAUGCAGGGUUAGCAUGGCGACUUGGUUACGAUGAGCAUCCUGAGGACAAAAUGAUUCAGCCACUGUUGGAAUUGCAGCAUCCUGCCAGAUACAUUUAAAAAAGUUUUUCUUCUAAGUUUUUCUUUUGGAAAAGGGUAAUGGGAACUAGAUUGGUUUGACAUACCAUAAAAUUUUCACUUUUUAACUGAAGCCUGGGAUUUACUUGUAGCCCAGUACAAAAAGACCAGGGCCUGAUAUCCACUAUUGGCAAAUCGCAGACAAAUUUGCCCUCUACAUAGUAAAUGUACAGCAAUCACAUGGGAAAUUUGCCCAUAGUGGAAAAUCUGGGGCCAGAGAUUCUGUAUAACGAAUUGGUGUCUGUAAUUGGAGGGAAAAAGAUCUAGUUCCCAUUAGUAAUACAGAUUAUUAUAUACAUUUUUUCACACAAUGGUUAAUUUUUAUCCUGUUAUUUCAUGCUUCCGUUUUACUUGUCUUUGUACAGCUUGUUAAUUUUACUCUGCUCCAAUCGGUUCCCCAUGCUUCUGCUGAAAAUGACACUGGAUUGCAGUACUUUGUUUGUUUACUAUAGCUUUUGUAUUUAAUAUAUUCUGGGAGAAAAAAAAAAACUCUACUGUAAAUUGUAAAUAACUGGUUCAUAUCUGUACCAUAGGGCAUCUUGUGACUGUUGCAAUGUUAAUACAUUUGGUGAAGAGUUAAUAAAAUUUUAUUUACAA